AGGCAGUCGUCGAAUGCGGAAUCCUCUUGCGUCAAAGGAGACGGCUUAAAAAUAUAGACUGGAGUUGCUGGGGGCGUAAGUACAUGCUCCCCGAGUUGUUUAUCGUCCGCUUUCCGUACGGAGAGAACAUUCUCUGCGAGCUUCGUCGGAUAACUGUACAUUUUGGACGGUUUAAGAGCCCGAUUUCGAGGUAUCUAAAGUGUGUGCUCUCAGCUAGGUUGAAUUGGUUGUGGGGGGGUGGGGGUAAAUGGGUUUUAAGAACAUCGAGUGACGAGACCGCAGCUUACACCGCAGCCGCUGCGGAAUGGGAUCGGACAGAAUACGCAGUCGAU